UACUUCCGGUUUACAAUCAUAUACUCACAUAAGAAAACUAUACACGAUUGAAAUCACUUUUGUUAAGAGUUAACGUGAUGGCCUUUUCCUUUCUUAAGUUGUAUUUAUUGUACAGUAUACUUGCGGUCGACAAUCAUAUACUCACAUAAGAAAACUAUACACAACUGAAAUCAAUUCUGUUAGAGUCAACGUGAUGGCAUGUCCUUUCCCAAUUUGUAUUUAUUGAACAGUAUACUUGCGGUUUACAAUCAUAUACUCGCAUAAGAACUAUACACAAUUGAAAUCAAUUCUGUUAAGACUUAAGAGUCGACGUGGUGGCAUAUUCCUUUCCCUAGUUGUAUUUAUUGUACAGUUUACUUGCGAUUUACAAUCAUAUAUAUACUCACAUAAGAAAACUAUACACAAUUGAAAUCAAUUCUGUAAGAGUCAACGUGAUGGCAUGUUUCUUUCCCAAAUUGUGUUAACUGUACAAUAGUACAAUAAAAUACUCUCUAUUUCUAAUUGAUAAGUAUAUGUUUGAAUGGAAACACGUAUUUUGAAUUUUUGAUGUUUUAACAUUUUCUAAAUUUAGCCUAUAAUAUCUAUUUUUAAAAUAUAAACCUUAGUACUCUUUCCGUUUCAUUUUAAUUAUCGUUUUAAAUUUGUGCACACAUAUUAAUAAAAUAUUUAAUUAUUAAUAUUUUAUAAAUAAAAACAUCAUUACAUAUAUAUCUAAUCAUAUUUCAAAACCAAUAGAAAAAUAAAUUAGAAAAUAUAAGAAGUCAUAUAUUAUGUACAUUUAAUAAAUUUUAUAUUGAAAUUCUAAAACUACACUUAUUUUGAAACAUAAAUUUUGCUCUAUGACUGCAACAGACAGUUAAAAAAUCAUUAUUGACAAAAAAAAGGACAAAAAAGUAUAUAAAAGGUAGAUAGAUCUAUUGCUACUUCCAUCAUCUCUUUUCGCAAAGCUUUCAACCACUCUUAGAACGAAUACAAUGGAAAUGGACUUAAAGCUUGAGGUGAUGGGGAGAGAAGUGGUCAAACCUGCUACACCCUCACCUCAUGAUCACCUUCAACUCUCUCUUGUUGAUUUCUCUUGCCCUGCAGUUUACGUGUCAAUCAUGUUCCUCUACAAAUCUGAAGAACUAGUCACUGCAUCGCCGGAGAUCAUCUCAAAUAAACUGAAAUGCUCUCUGUCCGAGACUCUCUCUCGCUUCUAUCCACUCGCUGGAGAGAUAGAAGGCGUCUCCAUCAACUGCAAUGACAAAGGAGCCGUCUUCACUCAAGCACGCACCCAUCUCCUUCUCCCCGAGGUCUUGAAAAACCGCAACGUUAACUCUCUAGAGGAACUCUACCCAAAGAUCGAGGCGGGAGAUUCUCCAACGAAAUGGCCAUUGUUGAGUGCCCAUAUCACUUUCUUCGGGUCUGGAUCAGGAGUGGCUGUCUCGGUCUGUAUCUCUCACAGGAUAUGUGAUGCGUCUUCAUUGCAUAUGUUGUUAACAGACUGGGCAGCCACGACGGCAAACAAGAAGUCAAAUGUGAGCACUCAUCAGUUUGCUGAAGCCACCAUUUAUCCUCCUGCUCCUCCUCACAUGGCUCUAUUACACCCCCCAACAAUGGACUUAAAGAAGUGUAUAAUGAACCGUUUCGUCUUUGAGUCCUCUAAGAUCGCUGAGCUCAAACGCAAGGCCGCCAGCCAAAGCGUCCCGAUGCCUACACGUGUGGAAGCUAUCACGUCAGUUAUAUGGAAAUGUGCUACAAAUGCCUCACGGUCUAACUUGGUUGCUCCAAGGUCAACGCUCAUGUAUCAAGCCAUGGACUUGCGGAUUAGGCUUCCUUCUAAUGUUUUGUCACAUGACACGAUUGGUAACUUACAAACAGCAUUCUUUCUCAAGAAAGGCGCAGAGAGCAAACUGGAGAUCAGUGAAACCGUGGCCUCGUUCAGGACCGCCAAAGAAGGACUCAACAAGAUGUUAAAAGAUAAUGUCCAAGGCAAUACAGUUGGUAAGGGUUUGCUGAGCGUGAUGGGAAGUUGUAUGUCGGAGUUCAAACCUGACAUAGACAUAUACACAAUGUCUAGCUGGUGCGGAAAGCCUUUUUACGAAGUUGAUUUUGGAUGGGGUAGUCCGUUCUGGAUGGGAUCCCCUUCACGUACCAUAUAUGACAACAUGGUGUAUAUUGCACUGAUGGACUCAAAGGAUGGGGGAGGUGUGGAAGCAUGGAUAAGCUUACCUGCAGAAGACAUGUCUGUGUUUGUCCAUGACCAAGAGUUGCUUGCUUAUGCAGUCCUAAAUCCCCCCGUACAUAUCUAAGCAAAUGGCAAUAUCAAUAUCCAAGAUUGCACAAUUAUUGGUUUAAUUUUUUUCCUACUUGCUUUUGUAUUUCGCUUGAAUAAAUUGACAAUCAUU